AUGAACAAAUUAUUAAAAAAUUUCUUUGAUAAUGAAUCUAUACUUAUAGAAUUUUUAAUAGCAUUUGAACAGACAUUUGAUGCUCAUGAGGAGGCCAAGCAUUUUUCAACAUAUAAAGAACUUGUUUACUCCACCUGUUUGACUUCACAAAAUCCUAUCAAAAAUCAAGUCACUAAUUGUCUAACACA